AUGAGUAAACCCAUACUUCUUGUUGGCGGAACAGUUUUGGUGCAUGACCAAGAUGACCAUCCUAUCCCCUGCGAAAAAGACGUUGUAAUUGAAGGAGAUGUCAUUACCAAGAUCGAAGAAAAAGUCAAUGUCGAACUCUAUCCAGAUGCUACUGUCAUUGACUGCAAGAACAAAAUUAUCUCUCCAGGAUUCAUCGAUACGCAUCACCAUCUCUGGCAAACACAAUUGACUGGACGGCAUGGCGACGACUCGCUUGUGGAUUACAUGGCGACAGGAAACUUGACGGCCUUUUUCUUCACACCUGAAGAUAUAUUUUGGGGUCAGCUAGGAGGAGCCUUGCAGGCGUUGAAUGGAGGUACGACGACGGUGGCCGAUCAUGCGCAUAUGAACUAUUCUGGAGAGCACACAAAUCGUGCAACUGACGCAACUAUCGCAUCUGGAAUCCGUUCUGUUUUCUGUUACACACCGACACCACUCGUGGCGAGCUGGGAUCAUAAUGGUCCAGCUUUAAACUGGGACAUUCUUGCAGACUGGGUAAUUCCGUACUUCUCAGAAUUGAGCCGGAAGUUGAAAGUUCAUCCGCUCUUAUCCUUGGGUUUGGCGUUCGAUGGCUAUGCAUUGGUUCCACCGCAUAUCACGAAGUCUCUUUUUGAGACUGCACGAUCGCUAGAUUGUCAGAUCAUUACUACGCAUUAUGCUCGGAACCUGCUUCUUGGAGAGCCACCGUCGGUUGUGAAGACUUUGUACGACCUAGACUUACUUUCCAAGGACUGUGUAAUAUCGCAUGCAACAGAUGCUACCCAAGAAGACAUUGCCAUGCUAAAAGAAAAAGGGGCUUCUGUCAGCUGUACUCCAGUCUUGGAGUUACAAAUGGGACUUGGGUCACCGAUGGUAUGUAAACCCGAGCUUACGGGAAAUACCAGCCUUGGGUGUGAUUCACAUAGUGUCGUUCGGGGAUCGAUGCUGGACCAGAUGCGCGCAGCCUUGAGUAAUGGCAGAGGCGAGCAAGUCAGGCUUCUGCGGGCAGCCGGAAAAUUCCCCAUGCAGAUGAAGCCAAGCGUCGAGGAUAUCUUCAACUUGGCUACUAUACACGGUGCCAGAGCUUUGGGAAUGCAAAAUAAAAUCGGUCGUAUCGACGUCGGGCUGAAAGCUGACAUUGUAAUAUGGGGAACGACAUCUCCAAGCAUGGUCUGCGCUGCCAUUCACGACCCUGUCGCAGCAAUCGUCACACAAGCUGGUACACAUGACGCCGAAUGUGUUAUCGUAGGUGGAAACAUUCGAAAAAACGGAGGCAGAUUGAUGGCAACGAUCGGCAAGAGUGACUCCCUUGAUUCUGUUGCUCAAGGUGUCAAUCAGCUAAGCUUAACCUCCCACAUGGGAGAUGGAAAAGAGUUUGAGCACGCAGUGGAACCCACAGGGAUCGAGUGGGAAUUAGUUGCUGAAAAGCUUGUCAAAAGUAGGGCUGAGAUCGAGUCCAGAAUUGCCGAGACAGGCUAUGAUGCUAAGGAGGCUAGAACGGAGUUCAUGGCUGGGUUUGGAUUCGACGCAACGUGCCUCGAAGUUUGA